AUCAUUGUCAAAAUGGCGGACGGAGGCGUCGAUAUAGAUUUGUACGCUGACGAUAUAGAAUCGGAUUUUAAUAGACAGGAUGAGUUCGGAGGUGAGAAUGUGGAUCUGUACGACGACGUAAUUUCUGCGCCAGCAUCGAAGCCAGAGGAAGGAGAUGGACCGCCGAAUGCCCCGCCGUCGCAGCAUCCUCCGGAGGAGACCAACGGCAACGCUCCUUAUCACAACUCGCACCACGGGCAUCACCGCCGGGCACAGCUUUACGUCGGAAAUCUCACUUGGUGGGCAACCGACCAAGACAUAGCGAACGCGGUCGCUGAUGUGGGUGUGACCGAUUUCCAAGAUGUCAAGUUCUUCGAGAACAGAUCCAAUGGCCAGUCCAAGGGCUUCUGCGUCAUUUCCCUGGGCUCUGAACCGUCUCUCAGGAUGGUCCUGGACCGUCUGCCAAAGAAAGAAAUUCAUGGACAACACCCGGUUGUCACUCUGCCUACUAAACAGGCGUUGAACCAGUUUGAGAGUCAGUCUAAGACGAGGUCCACGCCACCCGGGCCCAACAACCCCGGCAUGCGCGGGCCUCCCCACCCAGGCGGUCCGCCCGGACCGCAUCCAGGAGAUUUCUUCGGCCCCGGCCCCAACGGCCCCGGUCCCAACGGGCCCCGCAUGAUGAUGCCGGGCGGCGGCGGCCACCACCAGAUGCGCGGGCCCCCUCCCGGGCCUCCCCACCACAUGCAACACCAGGGCCCGCCCCCGCACCAUAUGCAGCACCAAGGCCCGCCGCCGCAUCAGGGGCCGCCGCCGCACCGCCCACCAAUGCAACAGGGUCCGCCGCCUCACCACAUGCAGCACGACGGACAGGGACCGCCGCACAGACCCCCAAUGCAGUUCCAAGGGCCACCGCAGAUGCAGCGGCCCGGGCCGGGCGGGCCCCGUCCGGGCCCGGGCCCGGAGUGGGGCCCGCGCGGGCCGCCGCACCACAUGCAGCCGCAGGGGCCCCCGCAGCAGUACGGGCCCCCACAGCACCAGAUGCCGCAUCAAAUGCCGCCCCCGCACCAGCCGGGGCCGGGCGGCAUGCCGCCGCACCACCAGAUGCACGGCGGCCCGGGCGGCCCCGGCCCGCGGCCGCCGCUGCCGCAGCACCCAGGCGUGGGCCCGGGUGCUCCGGCGCCGCACGUGAACCCCGCGUUCUUCAACCAGCAGCCGCAGCCCGCGCCCGGCCCGCAGCCGCCGCCGCAGCAGCAGCCCCCAGGUCCCGGCGCGCCGUACGGGCACGGGCCGCACGCGCCGCCCGCGCAGGGCCCGCCGCCCGGCGCGCGAGUGCAGCCCUACGGCCGGCCACCGCAGAGCUACCCGCCGAGCGCGGAGCCGGCGCGCGCGCCGCCGCUGGGCGCGCACGCGCACGCGCCGCUGCACGCGCCGCUGGCGCCCGCCAUCAGCGAGGCCGAGUUCGAGGAGGUGAUGUCGCGCAACCGCACCGUCUCCUCCAGCGCCAUCGCGCGCGCCGUCUCCGACGCCGCCGCCGGCGAGUACGCCUCCGCCAUCGAGACGCUCGUCACCGCCAUAUCGCUCAUCAAGCAGAGCAAGGUGGCCCACGACGACCGCUGCAAGAUCCUCAUCUCGUCGCUGCAGGACACUCUGCACGGCGUGGAGACCAAGUCGUACAGCAGCACGGAGCGGCGCCGCUCCCGCUCCCGCGAGCGCGAGGCGCGUGCGCACCACCGCGCGCCGCGCCGCCGCGAGCGCUCCGCCUCCCGCUACCGCGACCGCUCCCGGGACCGCGAGGACCGCGACAGGUAUAGGGAAAGGUCGAGGGAGCGUGAUCGCGACCGUGAUGCGUACUACAGGGAUUACCGCGAGCGCGAGCGUGACCGCUCCCGCUCUCGCGACCGCGAACGCGCCGACCAUUACAACCGCGGACACAGCCGGGAAGAAAGGCCGCGCAAGUCGCCCGUGGAGGCGGCUGCGGAUGGCGGCGCGGGCGACGCGCCCAGCAGCAAGCGCAGCGCCGCGGCGCCCUACUACGACGAGCGCUACCGCGAGCGCCGCGACCGCGACCCGCCGCCCGCCGACCGCGACCGAGAGCGCGACCACCGCCGCGACGCGCGCCACUAGCCACAGACACCGGGGAAACUAAUCGCGCCCGAU